GACACAUCCCACCUGUCCACAACACCCCAAAGCAAUAAGCUGAAGCCAUGACGACGACGACAAGGGCAACCCCACAAUCCUCUUUCCUCCCUGCAGCCUGCAACUGCGUCCUUCUUAUCAUCUUCUUCCUCCUUCUCAGCUCUCCUUCCCAAGGAGCCAAAAACCCUACCCCAGCUGCAACCCUAUGUGACCCCGAAAAUGAUCAUGCCGAUGAUGGCUCAACCCUCAGGGUGUUCCACACCUUCAGCCCCUGCUCACCCUUCAGGCCCAAGGGCCACCUCUCGUGGGAGGACUCCAUCCUCGAAAUGCAGCAGAAGGACGUGGCCCGACUCGGGUUCCUGUCCAGCCUCGUGGCCGGGAAGUCGGUUGUCCCCAUUGCCUCAGGGCGGCAGCAGGCCGUGCAGAGCCCGACCUACGUCGUGAGGGCCAAGGUGGGGACUCCGCCAAAGACGCUGCUCAUGACCAUGGACACCAGCAACGAUGUCGCCUGGGUGCCUUGCUCCGGCUGCGUCGGCUGCUCCUCCACCGUGCUCGCCUCCACCAAGUCCACCACCUUCAAGUCCCUCGGCUGCUCAUCCCCUCAGUGCAAACUGGUACCUGGCCACACCUGCAACAGCGGCGCGUGCAACUUCAACACAACCUAUGGCAGCUCCACGGUGGCGUUCAACCUCUCACAGGACACGCUGAAGCUCGCCGCUGACCCGAUCCCCGGCUACACAUUUGCCUGCAUCCAGAAGACCACCGGCAGCUCGGUCCCGCCGCAGGGCCUACUGGGCCUGGGCCGAGGCCCGCUCUCGCUCCUGGCCCAGACGGAGAACAUCUACAAGUCGACCUUCUCCUACUGCCUGCCCAGCUUCAGGUCCCUCAACUUCUCUGGGUCCUUGAGGCUCGGUCCGGUCGGGCAGCCGCCGAAGAUCAAGUCCACCCCGCUGCUGAAGAACCCGAGUCGGUCUUCCCUCUACUACGUCAACAUGAUCGGGAUCCGAGUUGGCCGGAAAGUCGUCGACAUUCCCCCGAGCGCCUUGGCGUUCAACCCGACCACUGGAGCCGGAACCAUAUUCGACUCCGGCACGGUUUUCACCCGGCUAGUGCGACCGGCAUACGAAGCUGUGAGGAACGAGUUCCGUAAGCGGGUAAGGAAGGCGCCCAUCACAACUCUCGGGGGAUUCGACACCUGCUACUCCGGCCCGAUCACCCCGCCGACAGUGACGUUCAUGUUCAAGGGGUUGAACAUGACGCUGCCCCCGGACAACCUGCUCAUCCACAGCACGGCUGGGAGCACAACCUGCCUGGCCAUGGCAGCAUCCCCGGACAAGCUGAACUCAGUGCUGAACGUGAUCGCCAACAUGCAGCAGCAGAACCACCGAGUGCUCUUCGACGUGCCCAACUCUCGCCUUGGGUUGGCCCGGCAGCUCUGCUCCUGAUCCCAUUAGAAUUUUAUCAUUCUGAGCUUUCAAUUGGGCUUUGGUGUGGCAAAAUUGCUAAUCUAUUCGGCUUCAUUUCCUAUAGCUUGCUGCUGUUUUAUUGCUGUACUAAUCCCAUUGAUAGACUUCCUUCCUAUGGGUGUGGCCUAUGGGGGAUAUAUUUGAUUAAUUUGGUGGAGUUCGGUUUGCUAACGGUUUUCAUGAUCUAUAAAUAAAGGCUGUGUUAUGGAUUGUUA